AUGGCUUCAAACAUAAUUGUAUUUGGUGCUCACGGAAAAGUUGGUCAGAGACUCAUUGCUCUACUUGCAAAGCAUAAGGCCAAUGCCACCGCGGUUGUAAGAAGUGAUGCUCAGGCAGAGCAAAUCUCCAAGAUAGCCAAUGGAGCUGCCUCGAUAAAAACCACUCAAUUGGAUAUAGGAGAUACAAGUGUGAAGAGUUUGAGUGACAAAUUGACUGGUCAUGACGCAAUUGUCUUGACUGUGGGGUCUGCUGGGAAGGAUCUUUUGAAGGUGGACUUGGACGGUGUAGUAAAGACAUUUGAGGCUGCAGUGGAGACGAAUAUUCGUCGUGUUAUAUUGGUUAGUGCUCUUUUUGCCGAGAACCACGAAGUUUUCGAAAAGUUGAGUCUUCGUAACUACUACAUUGCUAAACACUAUGCGGACAGAAUCUUGACUACGGAGUUUGCUUCGAAAUUAGAUUACACAAUCUUGAAACCAUCCCAUUUGACUGAUGGGGAAGGCACAGGCAAGAUUGACUUCGUUACGCCCGGAGAUGAUAUCAAGGCCACAGAACGCCAGGACGUCGCCCAGGUGAUCUACCUGAUUUUGGAUAACAAGAAUACUUUUGGAAAGAGCUACAACUUCACCAACGGCGAACAGGCCAUUGACGAUGAACUGACAUGGGCGUAG